UGGGGAGAGCCCCACUUCUCUAUGAUGUGAUCGAUCACGCUUCAUCCUCAUUAAUACAAUACGCUGGCUUCAGGAGCGAAAGGGGCAACUGCCAUCUGCUUGACAUUCCUCCUUCGGUGGUCUUUCUGUGGGCAAGUGGAUUGUAAGAGAGCCCUGUUAGACGUACUGUCGCUGGAGCUUCCUUAUCCCACAUUUGCAUUUGAUUGUUAAGGUGAACCCUUGGGAAUAUCAGACCUCCAUGUACGACAAUUUGUACCUGCAUGGAUUUGAAGACUCCGAGGCGGGUUCCGCCGAUUCCUACACUAGCAGACCGUCCGACUCAGAUGUCUCUCUGGAUGAGGAGCAGGGCGGCCGGCAGGAGAAAGAACAGCAAGCCACCAUUCAGCUGGAGAGGGCAAAGGCCAAAGCAGUGGCCUUUGCUGUGAAGACAAACGUCAGCUACUGUGGUGCCCUGGAUGAGGAUGUUCCUGUUGCUGGCACUGCCAUUUCCUUUGAUGCUAAAGACUUCCUUCAUAUCAAGGAGAAGUACAACAAUGACUGGUGGAUUGGGCGACUGGUGAAGGAAGGUUGUGAUAUCGGUUUCAUCCCCAGUCCCUUAAAACUAGAGAACAUUCGCUUACAGCAGGAGCAAAAAAGGGGCCGCUUCCAUGG